UGCGCGUGAAGAGCAUCCCCCGGGGUAGGGUGGGGGUCUCGAGCUGCCUGGCCCCGCGCGGGGCUCCUCCGUUCAUGGCCGCGCUUCUGACUGAGGCCGCCGGUGGGAGAGGAGAGGUGCUCGCGCUUCUCCGGGCGCCUCUCUGUGGUUUCAUUGGAAGUCAGUCAGUCCCUCCCUCCCUCACCGGCUUCCUUCGUCGGUGUGUUCAGACGACCAUUUUAAGCCGCACAUGUUGCCUGCUGCGGAAGUGUGGGGAAAGGAUUUCUUGCAAGAGCACAUGCAGGACAUGGCUGAGCAGGAUGUGGAGAAUGAGUUGUUGGAUUAUGAGGAGGAUGAAGAGCCGCAGGCAGUGACUGACGCAGCCCCAGUCCCUGCUAAAAAAGAUGUGAAGGGCUCCUAUGUCUCCAUCCACAGUUCUGGCUUCCGAGACUUCCUGCUGAAGCCAGAGCUACUUCGUGCCAUUGUGGAUUGCGGCUUUGAGCACCCAUCAGAAGUGCAGCAUGAGUGCAUUCCACAGGCUAUCCUAGGCAUGGAUGUGCUAUGCCAAGCCAAGUCAGGCAUGGGGAAGACGGCUGUCUUUGUACUGGCCACGCUGCAGCAGAUUGAGCCAUUGGAUGGGCAGGUGUCAGUGCUGGUGAUGUGUCACACUCGGGAGCUGGCUUUCCAGAUCAGUAAAGAGUAUGAGCGCUUCUCUAAAUAUAUGCCCACUGUCAAGGUAGCUGUCUUCUUUGGGGGCCUUUCCAUCAAGAAGGAUGAAGACUUGCUGAAGAAGAACUGUCCACAUAUUGUGGUGGGGACCCCAGGCCGUAUCCUUGCUCUGGUGCGCAACAAGACCCUCAACCUGCGCAAUGUCAAGCAUUUUGUGUUGGAUGAGUGUGACAAGAUGCUGGAGCAGUUGGACAUGCGCCGUGAUGUCCAGGAGAUCUUUCGACUGACACCCCACGAGAAGCAGUGCAUGAUGUUUAGUGCUACCCUGAGCAAGGAGAUCCGACCUGUCUGCAGGAAGUUCAUGCAGGAUCCCAUGGAAGUGUUUGUGGAUGAUGAGACCAAGCUGACUUUGCAUGGCCUGCAGCAAUACUAUGUGAAACUGAAGGACACAGAGAAAAACCGCAAGCUCUUUGACCUUCUGGAUGUACUGGAGUUCAAUCAGGUUGUGAUAUUUGUGAAGUCAGUGCAGCGUUGUAUGGCGUUGGCUCAGCUGCUGGUUGAGCAGAACUUCCCAGCCAUUGCUAUUCACAGGGGAAUGUCCCAGGAGGAGAGACUCUCUCGGUACCAGCAGUUCAAAGACUUCCAGCGCCGGAUUUUGGUGGCUACUAAUCUGUUUGGCCGUGGGAUGGACAUAGAGCGGGUCAACAUAGUCUUUAACUAUGAUAUGCCUGAGGAUUCUGAUACCUACCUGCACAGGGUGGCCCGAGCUGGGCGUUUUGGUACAAAAGGUUUGGCCAUUACCUUUGUGUCAGAUGAAGGUGAUGCCAAAAUCCUCAAUGAAGUGCAGGAUCGCUUUGAGGUUAAUGUGGCGGAGCUUCCUGAAGAGAUCGACAUCUCCUCAUAUAUUGAGCAAAGCCGGUAGCAUGUGCUGAAGAAUCCUUCCUGUCUAGCCUAGCAUGGAAGCCGUGGCCCAGCAUACCCACAGCUUUUACUCCUGGUGAAACCUGAUGAAUACUUGCUUUUUAAAAACAAAACACUGUUAAACCUGUGAGGGCUUUUGGUAUUAAAAGGAAUAUCUUACAAAUUGUCCGGGUGGUAUCUUUGUCCCAGCUCCAGCUUGGUGCUUUUAAAAAUUAGAUGUUUCUAUUUUCUGUAUAGUAAGCCCAUGUGGCUGAGUUACAUAAUAAAUGAUUUUUUAAAAAUA